UGUGCUAAGCACAAGCUUCUGUUCUCCGUUCAGGGAGUUUCUGCUGGACCAUCAGGUUCUUGUUCUUUUUCCACGGUUUCCUGUCACACCGCCAUCCUCACAGCUUUGAAGCAUGUCUGUGGCGAAGCUGGAAGAGUGUCGACAGCACAUUCGGGCACAGCUGGACAACGUUGUGGACUUCUGGCUGAAAUAUUCUCACGACACCGUGCACGGAGGCUUCUUCACUUGCAUCGGGCGGGAUGGGAAGGUUUACGAUGAGCUGAAAUAUGUUUGGCUGCAGGGCAGACAGGUCUGGAUGUAUUGUCGCCUGUAUCGAACUGUGGAUCGAUUCCGCAGGCCUGAAAUCCUGGAAGCAGCAAAAGCUGGAGGAGCAUUCUUGAGAAAGUUUGCCCGUGUGUCCAGCAACAGCGGUGAGUGGAAAUGUGCCUUCUGCUUAACAAGAGAUGGUAAAACAGUCAAAGUUCAGAGGACCAUAUUCAGUGAGUGUUUCUACAUUCUGGCCAUGGAUGAACUGAGCAGGGUCACUGGUGACGAGGGUAUGCAGAUGGAGGCUGAGCAGAUGAUGGAGCAGCUGAUCUACUGGGUUCAGGUGGACCCAUCAGGCCUGGGCCGGCCCCACUUUCCAGGAGAUGUUCCCACCAACAGCAUGGCGGUUCCCAUGAUGCUGUUGUGUCUGGUGCAGCAGCUAACCGAAGGCCGAGGGCAGGCGGUGGCCCAGAAGUACGGAGAACUGUCAAGCUGGUGUGUUCAGCAGAUUCUCCAGCACAUCCAGAGAGCGGGUACGGCUAUUUUAGAGAACGUGUCGGUGGAUGGAGCCGAGCUGCCAGGCUGCCUGGGCCGACUGCAGAACCCAGGCCACGCGCUGGAAGCAGGCUGGUUCCUGCUGCAGUACAGCGCUGAGAGGGCCGAUGAGGACAUCCAGAAAACCGCCAUCGACAAGUUUGUGGAUCUUCCGUUUCAGUGUGGCUGGGACACAGAGCACGGUGGCCUGUUCUACUUCCUGGAUGUGGAUGGUCACUGCCCCACACAGCUGGAGUGGAGCAUGAAGCUGUGGUGGCCUCACUGUGAGGCUCUCAUCGCUUUCCUCAUGGCCUACAGUCAGACCAAGAAGCCUGAGCUGCUGCAGAGAUUCCUUCAAGUUUACGAAUACACGUUCAGCCACUUUCCUGAUUCUGAGAGUGGCGAGUGGUUUGGCUAUUUGACACGAGAAGGGAGAGUAGCGUUGGAUUUUAAAGGAGGUCCAUUUAAAGGCUUCUUUCACGUGCCUCGCUGCCUGUACAUGUGUGAACGCAUUCUGGACGAUCUGCUGGAAGCGAAGGUCUGAACAUUCAGACAUCAGCAUUUCUGAUUAAGGGAUUUAAUCUUAUUUGUGGUUAUGUUCAGCAGAUUAAACCACAAAGAAAAUCAAUUAUAAAGCAAAAUUUCACAACUUAAAACAUGAAUCACUAUGAAAUUCCGCACCUUCACCUCUUUACAAGCAUCCUGUCGGAGCUGCAGAACUAAUGCCAAACUGGCCCUCUAAAGGUUUUCUGGCUAGACUGCUAAUAUUUCAGCUUUUAUCUCUAAAUGUGAGAAUCAUUCCAUACUGAGCUUCUCUGAGCUGCUCAGUUACUUAAAUGUCCAAAGAGCUCCAGGAUCUGUCUUGGAGCUAACACUUAAAACUCCCAGAGUCAUUUUUAUCCUGUUAAGAUUUAAAACUUAAAUCCAUUAAAAAUUAAAUCCAUGCAAGCAGUAAAAACCCUGACACCUGUCAUCACACAACCACUGAAUGUUAAAAUGUGCCUUUCUUUAUGAUUAUUAUACAUUUAUCCUUCACUAUAAUUAAUUCCACUUUAUAAGUACAAGAACUGCUCUGCUAAUGAAAGAAAGGGAACAUAAUGUAUUCUAGUUACCUUGAGAAUGACAGAAAAGGCAUCUGUAGUUGCCAGAAAAAGAUUUUUUAUGUUAUGAAUGAUUAAUAAAUAUCUUAUGAUGUA